AGCGUUUCCAGAUACAGAUAGUCUCUGGAGUCACUGGGUUGUGUGUAUUGUAACAUGAUCUUUCCUUGUGUCACAGUUUAGUUUUGUGAGAGGAAGCCGGAGUGGAGGUGUGGUUAAGUUCUGAAGUUUUAAAGACCAGGUGCGUGAGGGGCGCACCUGUGAUCGCACCAUGCCACGAAACAAGAGGCGUAUCGAGCUCGUCACAGAAGAUGAGCGCCAGUUCAGCAAGCGUACAAGGAGUCAUGUCAGUUCUAGAAGAAUUGCAAGAGACAAUUCAGCAUUUACUCAGAGACGAUGUGUGCAGUUGUUUAGGGAAUACACUGCGCCUACUGAACCAGACACAUUGGGACCUGAAGGAAUGGAAAAAUUCUGUGCUGACAUUGGUGUGGAGCCAGAAAAUGUAGUAAUGCUGGUAUUAGCAUGGAAGAUGAAUGCAAGGCAAAUGGGAUUUUUUACUCUUAAUGAAUGGCUGAGAGGUUUUGUGGAUCUACAGUGUGAUACAAUUCCAAAAAUUCAGGCAAAGCUUGACUACCUAAAAUCUCUUCUGAAUGACUACAAUACAUUUAAAAGCAUCUAUAGAUAUGCAUAUGAUUUUGCUCGGGACAAGGAGCAACGCAGCAUGGACAUUGAGACUGCAAAGGCCAUGUUGAAGUUGUUGCUGGGAAAACAAUGGUCUCUCUUCAGUCAGUUCAACUCUUUCCUAGAAAGCUCAAAAUACAAAGUUAUUAAUAAAGACCAAUGGUGCAAUAUUUUUGAAUUCUCGCGUACUAUAGUGAAUGAUCUGUCUAAUUACGAUGUUGACGGUGCUUGGCCGGUGAUGCUGGACGAGUUCGUUGAGUGGCUUACUUCUGAGAGACAGGCUCAGCCUUACAGAAGCUGAAAGUAAGCUGUGUAGGAAUUUCCAUUGCUGUUGGAAACUUCUUUGCUUUCACCUUCAUACCCUGCACUGCUGAUUGGUUAUGUUUAAACCAAACACACACACUAAACAAUGUAACAGUUUUGUUAAGCCUCAUGUAAAAGUUACAGAUCAACGUUUACAAUUUACAGUCACGUAUUUGUAAAGUAACAGAGAUAUAUAUUGUUGCUCUAAGGUCCGAUUCAUAAAUACAUGUAAAGUACCUAAAUCAAUACGUUAUUUUUAAAUAUUGCUAAUUACAUGGUGCUCAUCACGUACAAUUGUUUAUUUGGCGUGGAGAAAGAAUUUGAGAUGUUGAAUAUGUGUAGUGAAAAUUAUCGAGUCAGACAAUGUAUGCACACGCUCUGUGACAAGAAAUUGACAAAAUUCUAUUUCACUCUGUUCUGUCUGAUGAUACUGCUUGUUUUUCCCCACUCAUACUGCAGCUAAUUAUGUAAUAUACAAUACAUUUGUGUGAAGAACUCAGUUCCUAACCACUGCUCAGCUCAAAGUCAAGUAAGUUUUGUUAUCAAACAUUCAUGUGAAUAGCGGGAAAAAGUGGUGAAAAAUGACCUUGGUAUCAAUAUAUUUUUAAAACAUUUCAUGUCACUACAGCUAGUUUAGCUGUUUAAUAGAGCAUUAACAAAUGAGGUGGAGAAAUAUGGAACAAUGUAAGGAGAAGAUUUGACCAAAGAAGAUAAUAUGAACUAUUUAAGUAUGUAGGAGUAUUUAAAGUGUGAUUUAUUAAAUUGGUUGAAACUUUGUGUGUCCGAAACUGUAGUAGGAAUUUUGUGUGUGUGUGUGUGUGUGUGUGUGUGUGUGUGUGUGUGUGUGUGUGUGUGUGUGUGUUUUCUCUGAAAAAAGUACUUUCAGCUAAUUGUGUGCCAACAUGAGCGCAGAGAGAGAGAGAGAGAGAGAGAGAGAGAGAGAGAGAGAGAGAGAGAGAGAGAGAGAGAGA